AUGGACGCGUGUUGCAUUGUUGGUCAUUGUGUCUCAUCACAGAUAAUUGCUUGAGAUUUGUCGCGCUGACCGCGCGACCUCCUCUCGGCGCACGGGAAAUCAUCCGCCGUUUGUGCGAUUUCGCAGACCUCCGGCAGCGUGGGCAUUUGGUUGGAUAUCGACCGAUUUGCCGCCGAAACACCCGUGGACUUUUCUCAGCCUUCUUCAUCCAAGACACCACCAGUGGCUCCGUCCAUAUGAGCAGAAUGACACUGGGACCCUGUUGAAGAUCCUGGUGUUCAGGGGUAGGCCGCGCAGCUAUAAGAGGGCCAGGCCUGCUGCUCUCGUAAACAGAAGAUAAAUCAACCUUUUUUCCUCAUUGUACACCCUACAUUUUAACAGACCCCGCUAUUUGACCACCAUGAAUCCUAUGGCAACAUUUCGCAAUACAUGAUAGCAAAAGCGUACCUGGAACAACGCGCACGUGACAACGCGCAACCAGGAGACUUUGUUCGUCCAGCUCAGCGUCACUCCGUAUCGCUAACGACACCCCGGGCCCCACUUCCCCAAGGGGCAGCGUCACAUAACUACAAGGGCAUCGCACCGGUUGCCGCCCUCAUCCGGACCAGCAACUUUUACGAUAUCACGGCCACGCAUUAGCGGGUUGGUCAAUACGAGUCACGUGUGCAGCAUUUCGCUUUAUCCUUCCAGGUCAAAGAAAUCGCUAUCGAUGCUAAUAGAGGGGCGCACUAGGCGUGCCUAUGAAUCAGUAGUGUGGGUCACUACUAGAAUGGUGUUGGCCCAUGUUUUGGGGUACCUGAGUGAAUCGUCUCAUCUGCCCUUGAGAGUAUUAAUAGAUAGUAAAGGCUGC